UUGCUGUGGAAAUCGGUAGUUGCGGUCAAUCAGGAAAAAGAAAAGAUGAUGAAAUACGUGGUGUUUGCCAUGCUUCUGGCAGUGGCCAGUGCCCAAAUUCUCGCUGACCUCAGCUACCACUCUACUCUUUGGCCUGCAACAACUAGUCAAGUGGUUACCCACACCUACAGGCUUGGCACUCCCUUAUAUAUUCGUCGCUACAUCAGGGUUCCCUACACUUUGACCCCUGUUCUCAAAGUUCCACAAUGGGCCAACUAUGGUUACUACUACUAUCAUCCUUUAAGUGGGCUGAGACGUUCAGUUGUGCUGGGUCUGGAGGCUCAACCCAAGGAAAUCAAGCUGGAGUAGAUGGACAGAAGAUUAGAAAUUUAUCUCUUUCUUAUGAUAAUGUUCAAUGUUCUUUAUUAAAUAACAUUUUAUCUUUUG